CUGUAAAUCAGUCACACUGUGUGACUCACACCGUCACAUCUGGUGUUGACGGAAAUGGAUAUACAUACUAGUAGACUUCGUCUGGACCCAUCGACCACAUCAUGGAUGACGACCUCAUAGUCGUCGACGACUACGAGGAACAACAAGCGGGCCCGUCUACCGUCAAUGGCGCCAAGGCAACCCCUCCAACUCAACCGCAGAGAACGCGGCCCCUUCGCGCCGCCGCCGAACAUGCAAUGGCUACAACCCUUCGUCUAAGGGGCACCCCCGAGCCUUUUGAGCGAACGACGCGCUCAUCAUUAGCAAAGAACCGGCCCCAACCAAAACUAAAACUGAAGCUCAGCGAUAAAGCAGCUGCGCAGGCCCCCGGAAUGUCAUUCCUGGGCCCAUAUGAUCGGGAGUUGGACUCAGAUGAUGAGGAUCUUGCUUUUGAAGAACAAUUCGUCAUCCGCAUGCCGCCUGGGGAAGAUUGUGAAAAGUUGCGCAAGAUGGUUUCCUCCAGAGAAGUCGGGAAUGAUGUAUGGUUUAAAUUCAAGGACUCCCGCCGAGGAGUCUUCCAUAUUGCCAAUACCUUGUAUUCCUUCAAGCUUGUCGAUCUUCCGUGUAUAAUUGAAGCGCAGAAGACCUUGGACAACAAGCAAAUGUUCAAAGUAGCAGAUAUAUGUCAGAUGCUUGUGGUUGAAAACCGCAUUCCAAACGAGGAGUCGUUCACAACAUCUCGUAAUGUGAAUGUUGAUGAAUUCAUCUGGCCACACGGUAUUACGCCGCCGUUGCACCAAGUUCGCAAACGACGAUUUCGAAAGAGGGUUAACAAGAGGACUAUUGAAAGUGUGGAGGAGGCUGUCGAGCGGCUGUUGGCCACGGAUGAACUUGCUACAGAGACCAAAUAUGAUGUCCUGGAAAACGUCAACCCAGAUCUUUCCGAUUCAGAAUUCAUUGAACGGGAUGAACCCAUGGAUGCACCUACACCUGGUGUCGUUGGCUCGGAGGCAGGCGAUGCACCUACGCCAGGACCAGACUUUGGGGGAGAUGAGGGCGAAGCCGAGGAGGCAGAAGAAGAUGAAGGUGAUGGUGACAUUGACGAAGACCUCGCCGCAGAACUAGAUCUUGCCCUUGGUGAUGAAGAUGAGGAGGGUGAAGGUGAUGACGAGGAGGAAGACGAGGAGGAUGAAAGUGAGGAUGAGGACGAGGAUGAGGACGACGACGAAGAGGCACAGGAGAGGAAGCUGUUGAACGAAGAAAUUAGGGACCUUGAAGCUGCUGUGUUAAAGAAGCAAACUGAAAUUGCUAGCUCUGCAAAUCCCCUGAUCAAGAAACGGUUUGAGGAUGCACUACGGAAAUUAUCAGCUGACCUUGAGAUGAAGGCUGCACAGAGAGACGAGAUGAAGGAAAGGCAACGACGGAAGAGGGAGGGUAUUGCUCCCGAAGAUCCAGACACAGACCCAGAAGGAGCUACUCAGGAAGAAGUAGAUCAAACAAUGGGAGAUCUAUUUGGGUCAGACGACCAUGCUGCAAUGGACAUUGGUUGAUACGGUAGCAUACUUAUUGCGCCGUGUUUGCUUUGCUAUUUUCACUCCAUCGCCUGCACAUUGU